GAACUGGUCACUACUUCUGCUACCGCGUGCCCUGCACCGCCAUGGCUUCGUCGGAGCAGCCUCUGAAGAAGCGGAGGCUCUACGAGCUGCCGCCGGAAUCUCCUCCCCGACCGUCGUCUCCACCUACCUCAUCCCAGGAUGGCCCAGCAGCUGCCCCUCCGCCGCCUGAGCCAGCUGUCCUCCUGGCGGCGUCUCCACAGACGCCGUCGCGGGAGGAUACAACGACGAAGCGGAGUAACAGGGAGGAGAUUCGACUCGUCUUCGAGUCGUACAAGAAGCUUAAAUUUUGCGUCUCCCAGAAGGAGGCGCGCCUCAUGCCGGAGCUGGAGCAGGCUUACCUCUCCCUCAUCACUGCUUCCCAAGGAUGUACCAGUGUGCAGCGUGUUGUAGCUGAUCUCAUUCCUCGAUAUGCGUCAUUUUGCCCUACUGCUCUUGAAGCUGCUGCAACUGUCCUAAUCAAUAUGCAUAACUGGAACUUGGCUAUCAUAAACAGGGGAGAGGAUGCUGACGACGUUGCAUUUCAGAUUGCAAAAACCUGCAUUCUAGGUCUCGUUGAUAUCUGUCGCACUGCUUCGUCAGAGGCUCCAACUUCAUCUGUUAUACAAGGCAUCAGCUCCGCAGUCUUCCUUAAUGUGCUUACCUUUUUUGUAUCCUCUUUUGGGGGGAAAAAUAUUUUCCAGAUUGUUGAUGAGGAAAGGACAAAGUUGCCAGACACUGAUGAGAGUUUUUCCUAUCUAAAGAUGAAGUUGUCAGACGAGGAUGAAUUACCCGUGAUAAAGUUAUCCAAGUUUCGGGCAAUAACCAUCCUUAGGAUAUUCUUUGCUUGUCCAAAGAGCAUACUUGCCGCCUGUUUUGAGCUCCUGAAAUCCUCUAUAGCAGAGGGUCUUCAAAAUGACGGACAGUAUUUUCUUACUCAGGUAAUGAGCAGGCUUGAUGGUGAUGAUGUGGCUUGCAUUCUGGAUCAUUCAAAUGAUAAAGCUCAAUCUUGUAUCGCUUCAACGAAUAAAGAAAACAAUGGGCAGCAACCAUCAGAUGGCAGUCACAUUUCUGUACCCAUGAGAUGCCUGUUACGAUUGGUUAUUGAUAGAGAUCAUUCCUUGAGAAGCUGGAUCAUUAAGAGGUACCAUAAAUUGAAAAAAUUCUCACCCUCUAGAUGUGCAUCAGAAAUUCUCUCUGUGUUGAAAGGAUGCUUGGAAUCAUUUAUUGAUGGGGUCAACUGGGAGGAUAGUCAAGUAGAAAGUGAUGAAGAUGCUUCUGAAUCUACUGCAUCUUUCAAUCAACAUUAUUGGGCCCCUGGGAUGUCAAGUCAGCAGGGUAUGCAUACUGAACCAUGUGGAAGAGAGGAUAAUGGAAGAUAUCAUGAUGGAUCACGAAACGAGGGUUUUACAGGCAAGUCUGGCCAAUAUACAAACUCUCACAGCUCGGCAGAUGUUCGUUCUAUAAGUGUUCCUGAUUGUAAUGGUGGGGGCUCCAGGUUAAAGGACUUUGAGAUGUCGGAGCAUGCAGAUUAUUCCAGUAGGCCCUCAGUGUCUACGGAUGUAGCGACUCACCAGUCAUAUUCACCUGUAGCAAAACAAUCAGACUUUAGGAGCAAUUCAUUUGAAGGAAGAAAUCAUUUUGUUCAUGGUGAUAAAAGUCAUAAUCCUAAUACGGAUGCCAGCAUACCUCCCCUGAGAUCAGCUGCAGGAAGUGCAAAUAAUGCUGUGUCAUCUCCAAGACAUAAUUAUGCAGUCCGAUAUAGUUCUCCAAAUCAAGUCUUUUGGUUAUCUGAUGGGGACCCUGCAGCUAUGGAUAUAGUCUCAGCUUCCAGGCAGCUCUUGUUGGGUUAUCUGGGUCCUGAUGUAUCUGAAGCUCAUGUAAGAUACCAGCUUGACAGAUUUGGUCCUAUUGAUCAUUUCUUUUUCUACCCAAGGAGAGGAUUUGCGUUGGUUGAUUUCAGGAGUAUUAUGGAUUCUAUAAGAGCUCGUGAUUAUAUCAGAAGACAUUUCCCAUGGCGCAUUAAAUUUCUGGACAUCGGACUAGGGACAAUGGGAGCGGUAAAUGGUGUUGCCGUCGGUUAUUGUUCUUUUAUAUAUGUUGGAAAUAUAUUGAGUCAGUGGAUGAGGGAUGAGUUUCUGAAUGAAUCGAGGAAGGUGCUUUACAAAGGCCCCAACAUGGUUACUGAUUUGACCAAUGAAGGCGCUAUGCUGUUGGAAUAUGAAACUUCUGAAGAAGCUGUGACAGUGAUGACACAUCUUAGGCAGUACCGGAAGGAAAUUAGUAAUAGGUCGCACAUGGAUCCAUCCAGAUCUGCUGCUGUUCCUGCUCAUGGUGUUGGCUCACCACAUUCUCAACUAGUUGCACAUAACAUUCCUGACAGCACUAGGACUAGGAUGUCUCAGUUAUCUUCUCUAUUCUCUUCAUUACGUUCAAAAUACAACAUCAGUCAAAGUUUUAGCUACUUUGACAAUCAUAAUUCCCAUAAUGCCAACUCAAGAGGAGAAGAAAUGGCAUCAAACACGCUAUGGAUCUACCUUCCAAAUUCAAACACUCCGUAUCUCAUGGAGGAUGAGCUAAUGACAAUUUGCAAACUGGCUAUUGGCGAUGUAGGGUCCAUUAUUCGGCAUGCACGCACAAAUAUGCAAUCAGGCUCUGGCUGGUUAGUUGAGUGCAGCAGUGCGGAUGCUGCAAUUACUGCUUUGAGAAACCUCCGUGGUUGUCCAGGCACAUUCCUUCAAGUUGAACUCAGUCAUGGAGGCCAGCCACCGGUUCCACCUGUGUCAUCUAAUCCUGACAGUGGAUCCAGUGGCCUUGUAUCUCCAGGGCUGAAAGCUGAUAGCACCCCAGUACUGGGCCCACAUUCUUUCCAAUCAAACUGGACUUCUUCUGGCGGCACUGAGAACAUGGUGGUGGAUAACACUUCACAAGGUAGCACCAUGGUCUCAGGUGUGAGUUCAGCUGCGGCAAGCAUAUCAUGCAUGCCAAUGGCACCUCAAGGACCCAAUAUACCACCUCAUCAAAUUCAAGCAUCUCCGUUCAUGCACCCCACUUAUUUCCCCCCAACAAAUCCAUGGGACCCACAAGGUUCUAGUCAUCACGUGCCUCUAAAUCCUGUUCAAGCCGGCCCAAUGCAGAAUAAUUUUCAGGUUACUGCUGCAUCAGCAGCUCCUUUUCCUCCUCCCUUGACCCCUCUAGCACAAGUACCAGGAAACUCAGUGAAGCCUGAAGAGUCUCCUGUCCCUCCUGAGAUGCCACCACCUCCAUUGCCUCCAUCCCCCCCACCUCCACCUCAGGCACAACCACCUUCCCUGCCACCUCCUCCGAGUUCUCCGCCCCCACCACCCCCUCCUCUACCUGCUACUGAAUCCUCUUAUCCUGAGACCUCUUCACCGCCUCUUCAGUACCAAUGGCAGGGAACUUUAUGCAAGAGUGGAGUGCAUUACUGCAUAAUUCGUGCAUAUAGAGUAGAUUCAGAUAUUUGCAAGUAUCCGAUUGGCCUAUCUGAGCCUGCGGAAUGGCCCGUUAAAUUGGACAUGACCAAACGUACGGACUAUCGGCACGUGAAGUCAGCAUUCACUAAUACUCCAUCACAUAGAAGAGAAGUAUGCCGAAUGGUUCCUGCUUCUGUUGCUGACCGUAAAGGCUUCCAGGACUUCAUAUCUUACUUGAAGCAGCGGGAAUGUGCCGGAGUAAUCAAGAUCCCUGCAGUGGGUUCCAUAUGGGCGAGGCUCCUAUUCAUGCUUCCAUACUCGGAGGAGCUUUGCUCGAUGCUCUCUAUUCCCCUUGAGUCCUCAGAUGCCCUCAUUGUACUGGUCCUGCCCAAAGAAACAAACAUCGAAGGGGUAUUCCGAUCAACAACAAGAAGGAGCUUGAAUAUGUCGAACCGAUACUCCAACAAUCGACCCAGGCAACAUGACACCGCCAACAGGAAUUUCCCGAAUGCCCAGAAGAAGUUCGCCCCCAAAACGCAGAACCCCACCGUCAAGCAGCCAUCCCCUGGCCCCACGCUCUCCACUUCCCUCCGGGGAUCGUCCUUGGAGCAGGCCGGUGAUGGUUCUUCCUCCAGCGGCGGCGGAGCUGCAGCGUCGGCAAGCAGGGUGCGGCUCGGGGAGAGUGGACAGUGGGUGUCGAACGCAGCUCAGAGUGGCAGCUUCGUCAUUUACUUGCCCCAGGAUGAGGCUGUGGCAGCUGGCCUCGGGGCCGAGGAAGGCGGGUUGGACCCCGUGGAGUCACAGCGAGUGGUGGAUCUUCUGAAUAGGGAGCUCUCUCGGUUGCUCAAGCUAAAACCAAGAGACUUUUGGAGAGAAGUUGCUGGUGAUUCUUCACUGCAUGAAUUUCUCGAUAGCUUCCUGAAGUUUAGAAGUAGAUGGUAUGACUUCCCGCAUCAUGGUGCCAAAGGAAUGGUUGCAGGAGUUAUCGUUGGAGAACUUGAGCUGUGUCAUCGUGUCUUUAUGGUAUUGUAUCGAAUAUCUUCAAAUAGAGAUCCUGGUGCUCGUUCUGCUGAUUCCCUUAGUCCAAAAGACCAUGGAGUUAUUUUGCAGGACAAGAAGUUGCUUGAUUUGCCUAAGUUGUUGGAUAUUUGCGCCAUAUAUGGUCAUGAAAAUGAAGACCUGACCAGAUUGCUGGUUUCCAAUGCUUUAAAAGCGCAGCCAUGGAUCCAUUACAAUCUGACAGAUGUGAAUUCUCACUUCUUGAGUAUUGUCCAGACAAUGCAACAUCGAUGCAGCUCAUCUUUGAAGUUACUUUUCUCUAGGAGCGAGGGAAACCAGGACUUAAAGCAGCUUCACUCUGACUUCUUGGAGGUAAUGGACUUUAUCAAUGAUGCUAUAUCAUCAAUGGAUGCUUUUGUGUCUGCAUACAGACCUGCAGCUGCAUUCUUCUCAUGCCCGGUAGAGACGAGUGAUGGAAAUGACGAUUUGCUCUCCACACUUGUGAAGCUACAUGAUUCGUUGCUUCCCUCAUUGCAAAAGGGUUUCCGAUUCAUUUGUUCAUCAGGCGACGCUUUGGGAGAUGGAAUAAAAUCCACAAGCUUUAUAAAUUUAAAGAUGCUAUCUACGAGAUUGGAGAAAUUUGGUUGGAAACUAUUGGACUCUUGUUAUCUUAGCGAUGAAGUUUUUGAAGAAAGUCUCGAUGUACCAGCUACCACGAAAAUAUUCCCUGCCAAAGUGGAUGAUCCAGUCAUACGGACAGAUAUUAUAGUUCAAACUUUUCGAGAAAUGAGCAAUUUGUCACACCAAAUUGUGGAGAAUCAGGAUCAGAUGACAUUUCUUCAACAAGUUGAGAGGAGUUAUAGAGUGAUGAGCAGACUCAGGAGCUUACAGAGCAAUGGAUGGAUAAUAAUGGACGAUGAACAGUACCAAUAUUUAUCGGGCACGACGAUGUCUACUAGUCUUCCUGCUCAAAAUGAGGACCCACCUUACAAGUCCACCAGUGCAAACACAACCAGUGAGGCCCAGAUUGAUGAAGAGACAGCAGUUUUGGCAUCCAAGAUCAGUCAAAUUAAGGAUCUCUUCCCCGACUAUGGCAAAGGUUUCCUAUCAGCCUGUCUUGAAGUCUAUAACCAGAAUCCAGAAGAGGUGAUUCAGAGAAUUCUUGAGGGGACUCUUCAUGAAGAUCUUCAGUCCUUGGAUACUUCACUAGAGAUGGUUCCGGUACCAAAAUCUGUUUCUGCAACAGGAGCAAAAGAUAAAGGGAAAGGAAAGUUAUGGGAAUCUAGCCCGAUACCUCCAUCAACAAAUCCUGUGGAGAGACAAAGUGGGGUAUCCUCAUCUUCCGGCGGACGGUUUGUUAGGAAGUCUAAGUUACAGUCGCCUGAUACUAAAACCCUGGAUACCCGAGAUAAGAGAGAUGCAGAAAAGAUCAGUGCCCUAGCUUCACAGUACGAGUACGAAGAUGAGUAUGAUGAUUCCUUCGAUGAUCUUGGUCUGGGAGGAGUGGAGUCAGGAUUCGAGGAGAGUGAAGGAUUGGAAGUGGAUACGGUCUCUAGAAUGGGGCACACACAGAGUGCUCCCAGCAGCAGCUCCAAAUGGGGUUCAAGGAAGCAGCCUCAGUUCUAUGUAAAGGACGGGAAGAAUUACAGCUACAAGGUGGAUGGUUCCGUGGCCGUUGCAAAUGCUAAUGAGGCCUCGUUGGUCACUCGGGCACAGAGUGAGCUGAUUUAUGGCCUUGGUCGAGGUGGGAACCUACCGCUUGGGGCCGUGAAGAGGCUGCAAGAGGCUCAAGAGGAGGGGGGAAAACAAUCGGAGGUUUCUUCAGUGAAUGAAGUGAGAGGUGGGUGGAAUCCCAGAGGAAGGGGAAGGAGAGGUGGAGGAAGAGGCAGGGAGGCUUACGAAAGAAAAGAUAAUAAUCAAUCCGAUGGCCCUGAGGGAGAAGUGAGGGAGAAUUCAGAUACUAAUAGGGGAAGGGGAAGAAGAGGAGGGGGGAGGAACCAUUAUAGGAAGGAUAGGGCCAUGAAUAAGCACUUUUCGAGUCUAAGUGGUCGCUAAUCGGUAGUUCAUUGAAGAGUUUGGCAUAGGUUCACGUCAUCGGUUCUUCAAAUCGGUUUGAAGAACCGCAAUUCAGUGUCAGGAAAAGCUAGUCGUGUCUGCUCAUUAUGGAGCUUUUGAUACAUAUACAACAGCAAAGGGGCAAAUUGGCAAAACUCAGGUCAUGUAUUCGCUCAUUAUAGAGCUUUCUGAUGAGUGCGUGCCUUGGCCAAAAGGGCCUUCUGCGCAUAGAACAGCAGCUAAGCAACGCUAAUAGAUGGUCCUGCGAAUUACAAUAUUGGUGAAUUCUGAAUCUAGUGAUACGAACUACAACAUUAUCGAGUUUUCAGGUCGGUUUUUACUGUACAAGAAGCUUUGUCUGCCAUCUAAAGGCCAUAUCUCACGGAGAGCUUGUCUUAAUUAUAUGGCAUGGAGGGCUUCUCUCUUUUUCUACCGAUACAGCAGCAUUCAUGCUUGCGUUCCUUUUCAAUUAAUAUAGAUAUCUGUUCUAAA